UUAUUUCAGACCAUUAGAUGACUCAUUCAUGUAAGGAGAUAGAAAUUUCAACUAGUCAUGUCUCGCAGCAGUCAGAUAUCCAUCCCAGGAGGACUUGGGGGUGUAAAUGCAGCCUCAACAGAACUCUUGAUGACAAAUUACGUGUCAGGAAUGCAAGUUAAUGGACGUAUGUCUGCAGUACGUCGAUUCUUCUGCUUGUUUGUCACCUUUGAUUUACUCUUUACAAGUCUGUUUUGGAUCAUUUGUAUAUUAAUUGAUGGUAUGCCUUUGAUGGAUGCACUGAUUGAAGAAGUUAGGUAUUAUGACAUCAAACACUCAAUGUUUGAUAUUGUGAUGGUUGCAGCCUCAAGGUUCACGAUUUUACUCUUAUUUUACGCCCUUCUACAUAUCAAUCACUGGUGGCUUGUGGCUAUUACAACUGCUGGAAGUUGUGCAUUUUUCAUUGCAAAGACAUUGAUAUAUGAGUGGAACAAGAAAGCAAGCUAUCCCUUUGAAGUGAUGCUCAUCCUCAUAUCUUUCCUUAUUGCUUGGGCUGAGGCCUGGUUCAUAGAUUUUCGUGUUUUACCUCAAGAAGCAAGGGCGAAAACCAUUCUUGAAGCUGCGAGUGGUGGCCAUUAUUCAGGUAGUGACCCAAUGAUACCUCAGUUAGAAGCGGUGAGGAAUUACCUGAAUAAUUAUACAGAGACAAUUGGAGAUUUCUAUUCUCCCAUGGAGUCACCCUUAGCUUCUGAUGAUGAAGAAGAUGAUUCCAGAAGAGGUGCUACUAAGUUGUCUCCAAGGGAGAUGCAGAUGCAAGCUGCAGGGUGUGAAGCAUUGCAGCUAGCAUGGGAUACCCUAAAUUCAUCUGGCUGGAAGUUGGAAAAAGAAACUUCUCAUGGAGAUAGUGUUUUUUCAAAGCUCGGCCCCAGAGGUUCCAAGAUUUAUAAACUUGUGGGUGAAGUUGAUAUAGAUCCAAAAGCAUUAUUCACAGAGAUGGUGUAUAAUUUUGAAAACAUGCCUACUUGGAACAAAGCUGUAACUUUGGGUAGAAUUGUACAGACAAUUGAUAGCUCAACAGAUGUUGUCUAUCAAGUGGCAUCGGAAGGUCCGGUGUUGUCACUGCUCCGAGAUUUUGUAAAUGUUCGUCAUUAAAAGAUUGGUGACAACUGGGUUGCUGGUGGGAUUGCUGUUGUUCAUGACGAUGAACCUCCACAGAAGAGUAUUGUUCGUGAUGAUGCAACUAUCUAG